AAUGCCUCGCACAUUUGAAGAAGAAUGUGAUUUUAUCGAUCGCUUGACAGACACAAAGUUUCGAAUUAAGAAAGGUUUUGUGCCGAAUAUGAAUGUGGAGGGACGAUUUUAUGUGAAUAAUAGUCUCGAACAAUUAAUGUUUGACGAGUUAAAGUUCUCAUGUGAUGGACAAGGAAUCGGUGGAUUUUUGCCAGCGGUCAGACAAAUUGCCAACGUGGCAUCCCUACCAGGAAUUGUUGGACAUUCGAUUGGUCUUCCAGAUAUUCACUCUGGUUAUGGUUUUUCCAUUGGAAACAUCGCUGCGUUCGACGUUGGAAAUCCAGAAUCUGUAAUCUCACCCGGAGGCGUCGGUUUUGAUAUCAACUGUGGAGUACGAUUACUUCGAACGAAUCUUUUUGAAGAAAAUGUAAAGCCAUUAAAAGAACAACUAACACAAUCACUUUUUGAUCAUAUUCCAGUUGGAGUUGGUUCACGUGGUGCAAUUCCAAUGCUUGCAUCAGAUCUUGUUGAAUGUUUAGAAAUGGGAAUGGAUUGGACAUUACGUGAAGGUUAUUCAUGGGCAGAAGAUAAAGAACAUUGUGAAGAAUAUGGACGAAUGUUACAAGCAGAUGCAUCGAAAGUUUCAUUGAGAGCUAAAAAACGUGGACUUCCACAAUUGGGAACUCUUGGAGCAGGAAAUCAUUACGCAGAAGUUCAAGUUGUCGAUGAGAUUUAUGAUAAACAUGCUGCAAGUACAAUGGGAAUUGAUGAAGAAGGGCAAGUUGUUGUAAUGCUUCAUUGUGGAAGUCGAGGACUUGGACAUCAAGUUGCAACUGACUCAUUAGUUGAAAUGGAAAAAGCAAUGGCUAGAGAUGGAAUUGUUGUAAAUGAUAAGCAGCUUGCGUGUGCAAGAAUUAAUUCGGUUGAAGGCAAAAACUACUUUUCCGGAAUGGCGGCUGCUGCAAACUUCGCCUGGGUUAACAGAUCGUGUAUCACAUUCUGUGUUCGUAAUGCAUUCCAAAAGACAUUUGGAAUGUCAGCAGAUGAUAUGGAUAUGCAAGUAAUCUAUGACGUGUCACAUAAUGUAGCAAAAAUGGAAGAGCAUAUGGUUGAUGGUAGACCACGUCAGCUGUGUGUUCAUCGAAAAGGAGCUACACGCGCUUUUCCGGCUCAUCAUCCAUUAAUACCAGUUGAUUAUCAGUUAAUUGGACAACCUGUACUAAUUGGUGGAAGUAUGGGAACUUGUAGUUAUGUUCUAACAGGAACUGAACAAGGAUUAGUGGAAACUUUUGGAACAACAUGUCAUGGAGCUGGACGAGCACUUUCACGUGCCAAAUCACGCCGAACUAUCACUUGGGAUUCGGUAAUUGAUGAUUUGAAAAAGAAGGAGAUCUCAAUUCGCAUUGCAUCGCCUAAAUUGAUUAUGGAAGAAGCACCCGAAUCGUAUAAGAAUGUGACGGACGUUGUAGACACGUGUGAUGCAGCUGGCAUCAGUAAAAAGGCGGUCAAACUGAGACCAAUUGCGGUCAUCAAGGGAUAAAAUCCAUUUAUGUUCUUGUUUUUGUCAUUUUUUCUCCUCAUUUUGUAUAGGCCUUGUUUUUUGUUAAGAAUUAUUUAUUUGUUUCCUUUCUCCUGAUAAAAGUUUUAAUAAAUCAUUUAAA